ACUUCGUGAACGUACGUUCCUCCAUGGUUCAUAGUAGUACUAUACAUUUUGUGCAUCCAGGACACCAAUCUGUGUAUUUUAGCUUUCAGCCUACGCCGUCAUGGCCGUUAUAACGUGGAGGAUUCGGUGCCUACUGUGGGGCAUUGUAUCCGCAUGUCUCACUGUGUAUGCUAUCCACGUGUACUGGACAAGUGAAGCAUCAUGGCUGCUGCUGGCUGCCACAGUUGUGUUUGUAGCAUGUGGCGGCAUUUCGACCGUGGUAGCUUUUCAUAUCUGUACUCUGAGAUGUUCAGAGACCCACACUCUGAUGACGCUUCUGCUGCAGUACUUCGUCUCGCAGAUGAUGGCCCUGUUCGCUCCGAUGGCUGUAUCAAAGCUUGAGAAAGCCUGGAAAGAGCCACGCAAGGCGCAGGAAAAGUUCCUCCGAGAGCUGAUCUCCCGCGACGCAGAUACAGAGUACGGCAGACGAUACUUGACAGGCAUCCAAUCACUGCAGGAUUUCCGAGACAAACAUCCACUCACCAAGUAUGAUCACUACCAGGAUUACUUCCAGAGGCUGGCAGACGGGGAAAAGAACGUCUGCGUGGCAGCCAGAGUGGACAGGUUCGGACUUACAUCAGGCACCACGGGAAAGGGCAAGCUCAUUCCCCUAGUGAUGUCUGCAAACGCGAGAUUGGCAGGGACCUUUUAUUGGAGACGCUCGACGAAUUCAAGUCCGGUUCAGAAAAUGGGCGCGAUGUACUGCAGAACCACCCACAGGUUCACCAAAUCGGGAGCUCUGGUUGCACCUUUGUCGUUCGUCUCUGACAGCGCAGGCUCGAGAAUCAUGUCGGGUGCAUUUGUGAACACACCCCACAUAGCUUUCCAGAUUUCAACGGAUUUUGAAGCCACCUACGUCAACCUUCUCUUCGCACUGACCGACAAAAACAUCUUCACGUUCAGUGCUCCAUUCGCGUCACAGGUGUACAGGGCGUUCUCCAUGCUGGAAGAUCAGCAAGAUAUGUUCUUGGAGGAUCUUUCUACAGGCAGGAUCAAUCCUAGACUGAACAUUGAUGCGGAGAUACGACGUUCGCUGGAUGCUGCAUUGAAGGCCAACCCAGCCAGGGCUGAUGAGCUGAGAGCAGAGUUUGCUCGCGGUUUUGUGGGCAUCGCCGGCAGAAUCUGGCCGCAUCUACAGUGUCUCCUUACAAUCGACGUUUCUGGAUUGAUGAAGAAACUCGAGGCAAAGUACAGCAAAGGCACCAAGUUGUACAGCGCUAGCUAUGCCUGUACGGAAUGCAUUUCGCUGGGGCUCAACCUGUGGAUGGAUGGUAGACCACAGCAGUAUGUCAUGUUGCCGAAUGAAGUCAUGGCAGAGUUCAUACCAGAAGAUCUCAGUUCGGAAGCGAAUCCUGAGACGUUGUUUAUUGAUGAGGUCGAGGUUGGCAAGCGCUACGAACUUGUCAUAACAUCCUUAUCCGGCUUCUACCGCUACCGCAUGGGCGACGUGGUGGAGGUUGUGGGUUUCCAUGACAACUGCCCGGUGAUUCAGGUGAAAUACAGAACUGGCGAGCUGUUGAAUUUGCGCAGUGAGAAGAUUGACAAGGUUGUAGUGAACAACGCCAUACAGGAGAGCUUGACCAGCUGGCCAGGGGCGACGCUGGUGGACUGGACAUGCGCAGAGAGUCCAUUGAUGUACGAGGACCAAGAAGGUGUUGAAUAUGACAUGUUCUACCUGCUGUUCGUCGAGUUGGAUCCGGUGAAAGACUUCCGUCUGACAGAGGAGCAGAAAUCAUUGUUCGAUAAGUCACUUCGCAAGCAACACGUGUUCUAUGACAACUACCGUCAAGCUGGCACCAUCUGCGAGGCUCGCGUGAUGAUCGUUCGCCCAGGAUCCUUCAAGAAAUUGCAAGACUUCAUAAUAGCGACCUCUACGGCCAGUUACAACCAGUUCAAGAUGCCCAAGAAACUUCGUACGAAGGCGACCCUUGACCUGAUGAUGGAGUGUGCAGUAGAUGCUUGAUUAAGCUAAAUAUUUUCAGCUGUUGCCCAGCUCAUAAAUAUGUUGACACCGAUUUCAUAAAAUUUUAGUGUAAAGUUCAUUGUUAAAUGCUCAAGUUUGAACCGCAUGGUGACGUACAUUUUUUUUGGUUGACCGUUCGAAAGUACUCAUUUAGCGUUCAGAAAAUGAACGUGUCACGGAUAAAAUGAAUAUGAAUUUAUAUUCUGUUAUACAUGUUUUUGUUGUAAUUUUAAUCAUAGACAUUUUAAUCAUAGACAUUAAAAUUAACACACUUGAUUGAU